GGUAUUUCCCGUACGGAGCUAAUGGAGUACUUGCUGGAUCUGCAACCGUUUUUUUUUCUCAUAUGUUGGUUUUGAUGCAGUAACCAGCACAACAGAAGAGGUGAAGAAUCCUCAGAGAGAUUUACCUAUUGGGAUAGGGUAUAUGCUUUUAUCGCCUCUGCUUUUGCUAAUUAUGGAAUGAAUGGAGCAGUAUACGUUAUAACAAUCGGAUCUGUUACUGCUCUAUGUGCUGCUUUAAUCGGUGGAAUACUUCCUCUAAACCCUCAAAGCUAUGCAAUAAAGAAAGAAUUAUCUGGUUCCCAUAUAGAGAAGCAUAUAGAAGAGGUCAAAGAGUUAUCAGACUACCAAAUGAUCUGGACUGAGGAAGAUGGUUUCAUCUUGAAGCCUCUUGAACCUGGAAGGUUGAUGACAAAGUAUUAUUUGAAAUUUGACACGAUAAACAUCCUGGAUACAAUUAAGGAGGAAUGAGAAUAAGCUAUUUAUUUUGGUAAAUGAUUGUUUGACUGGAGAUCCUACAGUCCAUGACUUAUCUCUUACCCAGGUCAGAUUUUUCAAAUUUCUAAUGGAGUAAUUUACAUUUUUGGUUCUGGAAUAUAGCUGAUUUUUUUUUUAAUUUGGCUCUUAUUUGAGGUUUUGUAACGUUCCAAGUAAAAUGACUGUUUUGGGACCAAAAUUUGCAAAACUCAGCUAUAUUCCAAAAAUAUAGUCAUUUUACUUGAAAUUUUGUCCUGGAGUAUAGCCGAUUUUUGCAAUUUUGGUCCCAAAAAUAUAGUCAUUUUACUUGAAAGAUGGUGGAAUAAAACUUGAAAAAACCUGCUAUACUCAGGGACCAAAUGGUAAUUUACUUUUUUAUCUAUAUCAUAUAACAUUAAAUGGCCUACAAGAUACGAACUCCGUUUGUUCAAAUGGGUGUCGGAUUACAAAAUGAAUGAAAGAGUACUUUAUAUAUAUAAGGAAUUACAAAGGAGCUUUGAAUUCACGUCUUUUAGCAAAAUCUUUGCAUCAAAAACUCUGGGAAGACAGUCCAUAUCUUCUUAAACAAUUACCAGGCAUUGGUAUAGUGACAGCAAAGGUAUUAUCUUUUUUUAAAAUUUCAAAAUCUAUACAACAAAAUUACAAUUUUAAUCUUUGUAGUUUGUAUACUUCACAGUUAAUCUUUAUUUUUAUUUUUUUAUUUUUCUUUAUUUAUUUACUUUUUUUUUUUAAUGUUCAGGCCUAGAGUCAUUUGAGACACUUUCUGAAGCAGACCCAAGGAAAAUAGAGAUUGUUACUAGUAGAAAGUUCUCAUUUGUUUCUUUUUUACUUAAUGCACAAAGCAUGUCUUGAUAUAGGUUAAUUGAAGGGGAGGGUAAAAUGAUCAUUUAUACAUAUUCUGAUAGUCAUUUAGUAAUUUUGAUAGUUUUUAUAUUAUAAUGUCUAGUUGUAUCA